UAUCAUUAUAAAGACGAUCCUAGAUACGCUUUGCACGGCUGCUAUUCAUUGUUGUUUUUACGCUGCAUUUAAUUAAAUUUUUAGUGAAAAAUUGUCAUUGAACUUUGUUAUAGUGGCAUUUAAUAUAUUGAUACACUCGUAUAGAGGUAAUAAAAUGACAGAAAAUUUAAAAGAUUUUCCAUCUGGUCCACUCGAUUUAUAUCGUAAUAAGGCCUCAUUUAAUUGGAGGAAGUUAAAGGUUUUUAUUUUUGGUGAAGAUGAAAUUUCUUAUCAGGAAAACCUAUACAAGGAACUUGAAAAAUAUAAAGAAUUUCGACCUGAUAACAGACCGAAAACGUUCGACGAGCAACGAUACUUAACCAACAAACAAGUGGCCAUAAUUAGAGCGAACACUGACCAAUUGUUAAACCCAAAAUAUGCAAAACACCUUGAUUACUCCACAGAGGCUUUAAUCAAGUUUUCGCUAACAGUAAGGAUGUUCGAAGGGAUCAUUUUAAGUAACGGAAGCGAGAGACAUCAACACUUUGUAAAUGAUACAAGAGAUGGAAAGAUUACUGGCUGCUUUGCUCUAACUGAAGUGGGACAUGGAUCGAACGUCAAGGGAAUGAGAACUAGAGCAACUUACGAUAAGACUACCAAAGAGUUCGUUAUUGAUUCACCAGAUUUCGAAGCUGCCAAGUGUUGGAUAGGAGGCUUAGGAACAGCAUCUACCCACGCCCUUCUAUACGCUCAGCUGUACAUUGGCCCUAAAAACCAUGGAUUACAUACUUUCGUAGUACCUCUACGUGAUCCUCAAACUCUUUUACCAUAUCCAGGUGUGACAGUGGGAGAUAUGGGAGAAAAAAUGGGACUGAAUGGAGUCGAUAAUGGGUUUGUCCUAUUUAAAAACUAUCGCAUUCCACGAGAAAAUCUAUUAAACAAACUGGCAGACGUCACUGAAGAAGGUGAAUACGUCACAGCCAUCAAGGAUGAUAACCAUAGGUUUGGAGCUUCUUUAUUAGCACUAAGUGUCACCAGAAGUGGUGUGAUAUGUACUGCAGAAAUGUAUGCUACAUGUGCCCUCAUUAUAGCAAUAAGGUAUGCAGGAGUAAGAAAGCAGUUCGGAACAGGGGGAAGUGAGAUGCCCAUAUUGGAAUACCAAACGCACCAAUACAGACUUCUACCCCACCUCGCAGCUAUUUAUGUUCUAAAGGUAUUUGGAAGAAAUCUAGGCGAUAUAUAUAAUAAGUUCCUAAAUAAUAAAGAUUCCAUAGAAAAUGCAGACUUCUUGGGAGUAGAACUGCAUAUUAUCACCUCAGCUGCUAAGCCUUUGGCUGCAUGGAUCUGUAGGGAUGCCAUACAGUCCUGUAGGGAAGCAUGUGGUGGACAUGGAUAUCUGAAAGCUGCCAGAUUGGGUGACCUAAAAAAUAACCAAGAGGCCUCCCUAACUUACGAGGGUGAGAACUGGGUCCUAAUUCAGCAAGUUGGAAACUUUUUAAUAAAACUUUGGGAUAACCUCGUUAGUGGAGUUCACGUGUCGUCCCCACUGAAGUCAACUGAUUUCCUUAACAACGGAUUGAAUAUUCUGAAGACAGCGAAGUUCAAUGCAAGAACUUUUGAAGAGCUAUCGUUUCCUGAAAAUAUAAUAAGGAUUUAUGAAUGGUUGGUCACUUAUUUACUGCAACAAACCAGUGAGAGAAGACUUUUAUUAAGGAAGAGUGGAGCAAAUAAGUUCUCUGCACAAAACGACUCUCAAGUGUUUUAUGCCAGAAAAUUGGGAAUCGCUUACAUUGAACUCUUCCUUAUCCAACAAUUCCAAGAUAAAAUCUCCACAUGCCAAGACCACACGCUCUUGCCAGUACUCAAUACCAUGUUAUCAUUAUAUGGCCUAUACAGUCUGGAGAAGUUCCUAAGUGUCCUCUAUCAGGGCGGAUAUGCUUCUGGAGAACAACCAGCUGUUCUUAUUCAAGACGGAAUCAUUGAAUUAUGUGGAAAAUUGAAAAAUGACGCUGUAGCUUUGGUUGAUGUGAUUUCACCGCCUGAUUUUAUAUUAGAUUCUAUUCUUGGUGCUUCGGAUGGAGAAGUGUAUAAAAGGCUUGAAGAGUCUUUCUUGACGUCUCCUUAUGGUGUGGAGAGACCCUCUUGGUGGAAGGAUAUAGCAAACUGGCAAAAUAUUGUACCAAAACCUGCAUCAAAGUUGUAAAACGUGAUGAAAUAUGCUGAAGACUGAUGGAUUUUUAAUGCUUAAGUGUUGAAUGAUGUAAUUUUUUAAAUAGAAAUUGCAUUUUAGGUAAAUGCAUGUAUGAUGAUAAUUUAGUCCUUUAUUAUAAGCAUCAAUGUUUAGGCAGGAAGUUGUUAAAAAAUAUAUGCAAUAAAUCAACCAUAAUUAUGUCA